AGGCCAUUACUUUUCCAUUCCUGCAUUUGCUAUCCUAUUUCAAAUAGAAGACUAACAGAACUUGAUUUGUGAGAGAUUGACAAUACCCUCAUUUUUAAGGCAACGAAAAACACUUUCGCUUUGGCCAUCUGGUUUUCCUAUUAUACUACAACUACUUUAGAUCUUCAGGGAAUUCAUGCUUCACAUUUUCCUUUAAACCUCCUAAAUGUUGCCAAGUUCAGCUAGUAUUUCAUUCUUUCAGCUAUAAAGAAACCUUUACUCAUUAAUCCUCAACCUCUUUCACAUUUAUUGCAUACUUGAGUACAGGAUGGCCUAUUCUAUUUGGCUUUCGGUUUUCUAUACGGUUAUCUUGUACAUUCCUUUAAUCGCAGCCCAACAAUUUGAAUAUCGAUACCAUAUAUGUACGAGUAAUUAUACUUAUACUACGAAUAGUUCUUUCCCAUUAAACCUCAAUGUCACUCUCUCUUCUCUCUACGAAAAUGCCUCUCGUAGCGAUGAUUUUGGCAGCAUCAGUGUCGGUCAGAAUUCUGAUAGAGUGUAUGCGCUCUUCCUGUGCAGAGGAGAUAACUCCCCUGAGUUAUGUCAGGGUUGCAUCAAGACCACCAGUGAAGCUAUCAUGAUUCGCUGCCCGAAUUACAAAGAAGCAAUUAUUUGGUAUGAUAGGUGCAUGUUACGUUACUCCAACCGUUCUAUAUUCUCUGUUAAAGAGGAAUCGCCGAGAGCAUGGCUGUGGAAUGUGAAUGAUAUUGGAGAUGCUACGGAUCGAAAUCAAUUUAAUGCCAAUUUGGGAGGCUUGAUGAACCAGCUUAUUACUCGCGCUGCGUCUUCUAGUAAUUUGUUUGCAAUGGGAGACACAAAUGGAACAGCAUUUACCAGAAUAUAUGGAAUGGUACAAUGCACUCCCGAUAUAUCUCCAUCUCAAUGCAGAAUAUGCUUAUCUGGUUGCGUGAGCUUUAUUCCUACGUGCUGCAAUGGAAAGCAAGGUGGUAAUGUUCUCACACCAAGUUGCAGUAUGAGGUUUGAAACUUACCCUUUCUACACUGCUCCGCCAUCCCCACCCCCUCCUGCAAGUUCCCCAUCUCCGCCAACACCACCAGCAACCUCUUUAAAUCCCAGUGGAGAAAGGAAGGCUUCAUCACGGACAAUUGUAUACAUUUCAGUUCCCACUAGUGCCUUUGUGGUGCUAUUGUUCUCCUUAUACUACUGUUAUGUGCACAAGAAAGCAAGGAAGGAAUACAACGCUAUUCAAGAGGGAAAUGUUGGGGAUGAAAUCACUUCGGUCCAAUCAUUACAAUUUCAAUUGGGAACCAUUGAAGCUGCUACAAAUAAUUUUGCUGAAGAGAACAAGAUCGGUAAGGGUGGAUUUGGCGAUGUCUACAGGGGAACACUUCCUAAUGGACAGCACAUAGCUGUGAAGAGGCUAUCAAAAUAUUCUGGACAAGGUGCCGCAGAAUUUAAGAAUGAGGUUGUAUUGGUAGCCAAGCUUCAACACAGGAAUCUAGUCAGGCUGUUGGGCUAUUGCCUGCAAGGGGAAGAGAAGAUAUUAAUCUAUGAAUUUGUUCCAAACAAGAGCCUCGACUACUUCCUAUUUGAUCCUGCAAAACAAGGACUGUUGAAUUGGUCAAGUCGUUACAAAAUCAUAGGGGGGAUUGCUCGAGGUCUUCUUUAUCUUCAUGAAGAUUCCCGUCUCCGAAUCAUCCACCGUGAUCUUAAAGCAAGCAAUGUUUUGUUGGAUGGGGAAAUGAACCCCAAGAUUGCAGAUUUUGGUAUGGCCAAGAUUUUUGGAGGGGAUCAAAGUCAAGGAAAUACCAGCAAAAUCGCUGGAACAUAUGGUUACAUGCCUCCAGAGUACGCAAUGCACGGACAGUUCUCCGUUAAGUCGGACGUGUAUAGUUUCGGUGUCUUGAUACUCGAGAUUAUUAGUGGCAAAAAGAACAGCAGUUUCUAUCAAUCAGACAAUGGCCUGGACCUUGUGAGCUAUCUACUGAUUGUUGCAGGCAUGGAAACAAUGGAAAAAUGGGGCAGUACUGGAACUAAUGGAUUCAAGCUUCGGAGAUUCUUUCUCCAGAAAUGAGAUCACUAGAUGCGUCCAUAUUGGCUUAUUGUGUGUUCAAGAAGAUCCAAACGAUAGACCCACGUUGUCAACAAUAGUUCUCAUGCUCACUAGUUUCUCUGUAACGCUACCAUUGCCUCGAGAGCCGGCAUACUUUGGGCAAAGCAGGACCGUCCCGACGUUUCCAACAACAGAGCUGGAGGCUGACCGAUCUACUUCCAAGUCGAAGCCUUUGUCCGUGAAUGAUAUGUCUAUCACAGAACUAUAUCCUCGUUAAUGCAAAGAAAAUAAUCUUCAAAACAUGCAUGCAUGUCAGUUUAUAAAGAGAGUUGGAGAUGAAAAUUUAUGAAUGCUGUAAGGUCUUAAAAAUCAAGCAAUUAUUUUCUUAUGAUCCUCCAGGUUCAUUAUGAUAUAUUCUAUUGCCAAAACAAUUCAAUGAAGACUGCUUGUUCUAGCA